AAAUCAACACACUAAACCUCCAUCAUCAAACCCCUAAACUCUCCCAUGGUGUUUAACUGUCCCUUCAGCCACACCUUUUUAAGCCUCCCUCUUUCUGCCUUUAAAUUUGCCCUAAUCUGACCCUCGUCUCUUACUGUUCAUCGAAUUCUGCAAAGAUUCAUUCAAAUUGCAAAAAGAAAUGCAGGAAUUCAAGAAGAAAAAAAUGUGGAUUUUCUCUCACUGAAUCUCUUCCUGCAAAAUCUGUAUCUAUAUAUAAUAUAUAUGUACAUAAUCGUCUCCUGCCUUGAUUGCCCUUUGAAGAAAAUAAUGUUACCUCUGUUGAUCACUCCAGUCAUCAUCCCUUCAAUCGCCAUUCUCAGGAUUCGCUCAAAAAUGCUCUCUUUCUGGUUCUCACUAGCCCUUCGUCCUCCUGGUCUCGACCCCUAAUUAUAUUACUCACGCACCAGACAUAUUCUCUCUUUUCAAGAUUUAGGGUUUUUCCAUCUUCGUGUCGCCUUUCGCGAAACAUUAUCUUCUUGAAGAGAUCCAAGAAGUUUCUUAUUCGAGGGAUUCAUUUAAUUUCAAUUUUCAAGUCUUUUUGGACCUGAUUUGUUGUGAUCGAGAGUAUGUAUUUUGGGGAUUCUUUUAAUUUCAAGCCCGUGAAUAAGUUGUCAGAAAAUUGGGAGAAUCUGUCGAUGUCCGUUAAGCAGCCUCUAAUGGCGGAAGAUGAAAAGGGCAAAUUGGUGAAGGCGAAGUCUGCUUUGAAGAGCCACAGCGAUGCCGAGAGAAGACGAAGGGAAAGAAUCAAUGCACAUUUGAGUGAACUCAGAGGUCUUCUUCCCGGCAAUGAAAAGAUGGACAAAGCGACGCUGCUGGCACAGGUCAUCGAUGAACUAAAACAGCUGAAGAAAACGGCGAGACAAGCCAGCGAAGAUCAGAACAUACCAGUCGACACCGAUGAGAUACAAGUUGUGAAAAAUUAUCAAAACAACGGCGCGUUCUUGGUUCGUGCUUCUCUUUGCUGCGACUACAGGCCCGAUCUACUGCUGAACAUUAAAGAAGCCAUUAGUAAUCUUCCUUUAAAUCUGUUGCAUUUUGAGGUUUCGACAUUGGGAUGCAGAGUGAGGACUGUAUUCUCGGCUACUACGACGAGCAAUGGUGAUGAAAUGCGAAUUUUGAGCGAUGUUCGUGCAGCGUUGGAUGACGUAUUGGAUAAGGUCUCGGCUUCUGCCGAUUAUGCUCAGCCGUUGAUUUAUCCGCAGAAAAGGCAACGGAUUCGCUACCUCAAUUCUUCGUCGUGAAAGCUCGCUUGCUUGUUUGAACUCCUCUGUUUUGGAUUGUUUGCUGCCACGCCACGCCGCGCCGCGCCGUGUCGGUUUUCGUCUCCGGUGAAUGUUGAGGAAACAUGGAAAAUUUUUAGUUCCAAUUUCCAAAAUAAUCCCAAAUGUUGAAUAAUAAGAUCUGAGUUGCUUCUAUGCAUGAUGAUCCUUGCAUUGUAUUGCAUUGCUUGUUUGCAAUUUCU